UAUUUAUUUGUAAUUGUAAAUGACAUUUGCGCUGUGGAAGUGUGGAUUGACUGGAUUGUAGAAUGUAGAUGACAUGUUUUGUGUAAAAUAUGGCAGAUACAUCAAAAGCUCAAAAGUUAAAAUUGGCUAACUCUCGAAAAAGGUUUAAGGAACUGCAAGAAUUAAAGAAAAAGAAAAAUCAAAAUGUUGAAGAUCUGCAGAAGGUUAUUAAGAACCCAACUCCUAUUGAUAGUAUGACAAGCUCAAGUCACAGCUCUAUUAAUAAUGAGAUAUCUGAGUACAUAGAGAAUAUGUCACAUUUACCUAAUGCUGGUAAUACUUCCAAUGAAGGUUCUCAACCACCUGCAGCUUUAUUUUUUGAUAACUUUGUACAAAAAGAGUAUAGCUAUAGAGACUUUCCCGCUGAAGAUGCAGCCAAUAGUAUGUCAAAUUAUUUUAAUACAAUAACCCAAGGUAAUCUUGAAGACAUGACUUCGAACGUUACAGAUAAUUCUGUAACUUCAUUUCAAAAUGUUUCUGAAAUCCAGGAUCAAGAAAAUUAUUCUUUAUUCCCUGAAGAUUCGGUAAAUAAUUAUUUGGGUGAAAAACAAUUAAUUCAUGAACGUGACAACCCACUUGAUUUUCAAAUGAACCAAGAAAAUGAGAGUGAUAAUUUUGCUCCUAAUGCAGAUAUAAUACGAAAAAGUGAAUCAGAAGACACUUCUGAGUCCGAAAUCACUGGUACUUCAAAUCGAACACAGUUAGAGAUUCAACAUUCUAAUGUAGAAAGUCUAAAACAGUUAUCCAACCAAAUGGCAGAACUCAUAGAACCUCAAUUCUGUCCAAAUUCAACUAAUUAUGACCAUUCAAUAACAGAUUUGGAAAAGAGAAAUUUAGAAUUGGCUACGAUGUUAGAUCAAGAAAAAGUAAAAACAGAAAAAAGUACUAUUUUAAUAAAUGACUUGCAGAGUAAAAAUAUAUAUUUAGAAAAUUUACUUAAAGAAAAAACUGAAACUUCAAACUUUCAAUCAAAUCGUGAAAUAAAUAAGUUGGAAGAAGAAUUGCAGUCACAUCUUCAAACAAUAGGUAUGCUAGUUGCAGAAAAAACUGAAUUAUCCGUAAGCUUAAACAAAUUUGAAACUUGUUCUAAACAAAAAGCUGCCGAGUGUGAAGAACUUCAAGCAAGACUUAAAGCUUCAAGGUCAAGAGUUGCAGAAUUAGAAAAAGAAGUAUCUAGUUUAAAGUUGGAAAAAUGUCAGAAUGAAAAUAUUUUACAAGAUAAUAAUGCAUUAAUAAACACCCUAAAGCAAGAUUAUCAAAUUCUUAAGGAGCAAAAAGAUGAACUUGUGCAAGAUGUGUUGGAGACAAGAGAAAAGUUAAAAAACUCUUUAGAGGAAAAUUUGAAACUUCAACAAUUAAAUCAAGAACUUAAUAGUAAAUUUGCUUUAGCCAGUAUUAAAUUGCAACAAAUAACUAAUAAUGACCGGCAACAAACUGAAAGUGGUUUAGACAAAAUCACUGAGGAAAAGUUUCAAUUAGAGAAACAGGUAGCAGAUCUAAAUCAGCUGUUAAAAACGAUGACUACGGAACGUGAUGAUUCUGUAUUGCAAUACCAACAGUAUGCUCAGCAACAAAAUAUACAAUUAAGUAAUCUAACUAAAAAUUUGGAACAAUUACAAUUAGAAAAUGAAAACUUAACUCUGCAAGAGCAAAAUCGUAUUAAACAUAUAAGUGAAUUAGAAAAACAACUACAAAAUUUACAAAUUGAACAAGUAGCACUUGCUACUGAUAAACCUACUAAUGAUUCUGACUCAAAAAUUAAUCUUGAAAAUGUAAGAGAGCUUUGUGUUCAACUGCAAAUGGAAAAAAUAGCUUUAGAAGAAAAUUAUACCAAAGUUAGUAAUGAAAAAGAUAUGUUAUUAAAAGAAUUGGAAGCUAAAAAUGAUUCACUGUCUCAACUGGAAGGUUUGGUAGAGCAACUUCAAGGAAAUCAACCCGAUAGUGUAAAGCUUUUAGCAACUAUGGAAAGUGAUAAAAUUGCAGCAGCCAGAGCAGUUCAACAGAAUAAGGAAUUAAAACAACACAUUGAGAGUCUAGAAGAAGUAUUUCUAAAACUGAAUAAUGACAAAGUUGAACUAACAGAACAAGUGAAUAGAGAAAUUAGAAACAAUAAAGAAUUACUUCAAAAAUUGCAGAAAACUGAAAUACAUCUUCAACGCUUAGCAGAAGCAGUUGAGAUAAAAGACCGUGAAUUGUUAGAUUUGAGACAGGACAUGAUUAAAUUUAAAAAACAACUUUUGCAGAAUGAACAAGUAAAUGAUCUAUUAAGACACUAUGAAGUCCAAGACAAUAGCAGCCAUACACUUCAAAAUGAAUUAAAAGAGGCAAAGGAAACAAUUGAGAAACUUACAAAUGAAAUUAAUAUCUUAAAGCAUUGCUUAAAUGAACAUGGAAACAAUGGUGUAAUUGAAAGUAGACAUGACUCCGAUUUAGAUAAAGAAAAACCAGAAUUUGUAAAUAACGAGAACAUUAAUAUACAAAGUAUUGCAGAUUUGAAUGGUAAAAAUAAUGAUUUGCAAAUAAAAGAAAUUUCUAACGACAAUGAAACAUUAGAUAGAGAAAUUGCUAUCAAAUAUUUAGAGGACAAAUUUAAACGCACUAUGCAAGAUAUUGUUGAAUUAAAAGAAGAAAAGCAAAGCCUUGAACAUCUUGUUUUACAACUUCAGGGUGAAACAGAAACAAUAGGAGAAUAUGUAGCUUUAUACCACCAUCAAAGAAUGAUAUUGAAACAGAGGGCCCUAGAAAAAGAUCAACAAUUAAAGCAAAUAACAAAUGACAGAGAAUACUUAAAAACUAAACUUCAAAAUCUGGAUAGUCUUAUUAGGAAACUUGUUAACAAGAAUACUGCUGCAAAGCCACCUUCCCCACAAAGUGACAUAAAUGAUCAGUUAGGCAUAAGUGAAUAUGAGCAUCCCUCUGAAAAACAUUCCGAGAUGCACGAAGAAAUAAGUAAAAUAGAUGAAGAAAUUGUGAUUCAGAGUAAUGACCAGACUUCAAAAAUUGCUGAUAAAAUUAUCGAUCUUUUAGCAGAAAUAAAAUCUAGUAACUUGGUUCAACCUAAAGAAAAUGUUCACCACUGUGCGUGGUGUUCAGGACAACUUAUUACUGUAUAAAUAUAUUUUUAUAUUACAUAAAUUUUAGUGUUAAAUAAUUUUUUAAUUUGUGUAAAUAUAUGUAUUGUUAGCAAAACAAAAAAACAAUUUAAGCAUGGUUGUAAUUUAAGCUUUUUCAAACCAUGUGGAGUUAUAAUAAUAUAAUAAAUUUUAUGUUUAUAAUAAUUUAACAUUACUUACCAAACGGCUUAAAUUGGCAGUAGUAUGGUCUAAUAUGGAAGGGUGUUACACAAUAAAAUUUUGUAUAGAUUAA